CAGCACUUUCGUCCCACACCUCAACAAAAACACCUCUAUAACUCUCUCAAAUUCUCUUUCAGCCUUUUUUCUUUUCAGCAGCAUAUACGUACCUUUGUCAUGUAUUCAUCAAACCCAAGUGCUCCCCAAAAGUAUGCCGACGCGCCACCUGCAUAUGGGCAGGCCCCCGUGACGGGUAUUCCAGCGAACACAUACCAACCCCAGGCAGCUCCAUUUCAGGUUCAGUCUAGUGCUCCGGUACCUUGGUCCACUGGCCUCUGUGACUGCUGCGAUGAUGUCGGAAAUUGUUGCAUAACAUGUUGGUGCCCUUGUAUUACUUUUGGACAAAUUGCGGAGAUCGUAGAUAGAGGAACAACAUCAUGUGCUGCUAGCGGAGCACUGUAUGCAUUAAUUACUUGGUUGACUGGUUGUGGAUGUUUGUACUCAUGCUUCUAUCGCUCCAAAAUAAGGCGGCAGUACGCGUUGCAGGAGGGCUCUUGUGGGGAUUGCAUGGUUCAUUGCUGCUGUGAACAAUGUGCCUUGUGCCAAGAGUAUCGUGAGCUCAAACACCAAGGUUUCGACCUCAGCAUCGGAUGGCAAGGAAAUGUGGAGCAACGGACCCAAGGAGUGAUGACUGCAACGGCUCCUGUGAUCCAAGGAGGCAUGAAUCGAUGAAGUGCAUCAUAUUUUUAUUUUUGUUGUUGAUUAAACCAGUAAUCUGAGUGCUAAAGAUGUAGGAGUUUUACUUUAUGGAAUUUUUUUCUUGUGUUUUAAAUAUGUCAUGUAAUGAGAAAGUAUUUC